AUGAACACCAACGACGCCAAGGAGUAUCUGGCCCGGAGGGAAAUCCCUCAGCUUUUCGAGAGCCUUUUGAAUGGACUGAUGUGUUCCAAGCCUGAAGACCCAGUGGAAUACUUGGAAAGUUGUUUACAGAAAGUGAAGGAACUGGGUGGCUGUGACAAGGUGAAAUGGGAUACAUUUGUCAGCCAGGAAAAGAAGACCUUACCUCCACUUAAUGGAGGACAGUCUCGGAGAUCCUUUCUGCGAAAUGUAAUGCCUGAAAAUUCUAACUUUCCAUAUCGGCGUUAUGAUCGGCUACCUCCAAUCCAUCAAUUCUCCAUAGAAAGUGACACGGAUCUGUCCGAGACCGCAGAGUUGAUUGAGGAGUAUGAGGUUUUUGAUCCUGCUAGACCUCGACCAAAAAUUAUUCUUGUUAUAGGUGGUCCUGGAAGUGGAAAAGGUACUCAAAGUUUGAAAAUUGCAGAACGUUAUGGAUUCCAGUAUAUUUCCGUGGGAGAAUUAUUAAGAAAGAAAAUCCACAGUACCAGUAGCAACAGGAAAUGGAGUCUUAUUGCCAAGAUCAUUACAAAUGGAGAAUUGGCUCCUCAGGAAACAACAAUUACAGAAAUAAAACAGAAACUGAUGCAAAUACCUGAUGAAGAGGGCAUUGUCAUUGAUGGAUUCCCAAGAGAUGUGGCCCAGGCUUUGUCUUUUGAGGACCAAAUCUGUACUCCCGACUUGGUGGUAUUCCUGGCAUGCGCUAGUCAGAAGCUCAAAGAAAGGCUAAUGAGGCGUGCAGAACAACAGGGGCGUCCCGAUGACAAUCUCAAAGCCACUCAAAGGAGGCUCAUGAACUUCAAGCAGAAUGCUGCUCCACUGGUUAAAUACUUCCAGGAAAAGGGGCUCAUCAUGACAUUUGAUGCUGACCGAGAUGAGGAUGCAGUGUUCUAUGACAUCAGCUUGGCAGUUGACAACAAGUUGUUUCCCAAUAAAGAGGCAACAGCAGGUUCAAACGACCUUGAUCCUUCAGUGAUGCUGGACACUGGGGAGCUCAUUGAUACAGGAUCUGAUUAUGAAGAUCAGGGAAAUAACCAAUUAAAUCUAUUUGGAGAGGACACGAUGGGAGGCUUCAUGGAAGAUUUAAGGAAGUGUAAAAUCAUUUUCAUGAUGGGUGGCCCUGGCUCUGGCAAAGGCACCCAGUGCGAAAAGCUGGUGGAAAAAUACGGAUUCACUCAUCUGUCAACUGGGGAGCUCUUGCGUCAUGAAUUGGCAUCAGAAUCUGAAAGAAGCAAGCUGAUCAGGGACAUCAUGGAGCGUGGAGACCUGGUGCCCUCAGGUAUCAUUCUGGAGCUCCUGAGGGAAGCCAUGGUGGCCAGCAUCCAAGACACCAGUGGCUUCCUGAUUGAUGGCUACCCCCGAGAGGUGAAGCAAGGGGAAGAAUUUGAACGCAGGAUCGGAGAUCCACACUUGGUGAUCUGCAUGGACUGCUCAGCAGAUACCAUGACCAACCGCCUUCUCCAGAGGAGCCAGAGCAGCCCGCAGGCCGACGAUACCACCAAGACCAUUGCCAAGCGCCUUGAGACCUACUACCGAGCCUCCAUCCCCGUGAUCGCCUACUAUGAGACCAAAACACAGCUACGGAAGAUCAACGCAGAAGGGACGCCAGAGGAAGUUUUUCUUCAACUUUGCACAGCUAUUGACUCUAUUUUCUGA